UUUAAGGGAGGAAAAACCGAUCAAUCAAUCAUCUACUCUCAUUUCCAUCAAGGAUACAAGCAGAUAUCUCAAAAGAGCUGCACCCAACCUAAAAUCGACCCAGAUCCCCUGCACAAGAAAAAACACCAGUCAACCAAAAAUGGAAACACACCACAAGAGCCUGAGAGGGGAGAGGAGUCACCUCGUCCUCAAUGUGAGACCUACCAUUGUUGGUGCUCGAGGAAGUGGGAUGGCCAUGCUUCUGGGAAAGUGGAUAACCGACACCAGCAUCAACCUACCAAAAGCACGAAAUGCGGCGGUCAACAAGUGGAGGGCAUACGGAGAGGUGCAAGCAACAAAGGAAGCAGAAAACCUCUUCGUCUACUCAUUCCAGUCGACACAGCAAAGAGACGCUGUUUGGGAUGCCAGGCCAUGGAACUUGAGCAACACCCUGGUAGCACUGAAGAAAUGGGACGGUGAACAAAAGGCGGAACCAUCAGACAUACCAACUGUCGCCCUGUGGGUACAAAUGCACGAUCUACCCCAAUCUCUCAAGGAGGAGGAAGCUAUUCAGGCAGUGGCGGCCUUCAUUUUCCCUCAAUUCCACUGCAUCGACCAAUCAAACUUCGAUUUCAGGGGAUGGCUGAAAUUUAUCAUAGCCAAGGUGGAAGUAAGCAUCGAUGACCCAAUCCCAAUUGGGUUCGAAUACCCCAUUGGGGAUCGUUCCAUCUGGGUCAGUUUCAAAUACGAAAGGAUAAUGGAUCUCUGCUAUUUUUGUGGGAGACUGGGUCACCUCAUCCAUAACUGCCUUAAUAGGGAAGAACACAGAAGGCUGGGACUCAGUACUGACCCAUCGGAAGUUUACACCGAUGCACUAAGGGCUGGCCACGACUCACCGGCAAAUACUCCACCGACGUCCUUCAGGGAAAAGCUGGCGAAGUCCAAACGCCUGGCACUCCCUACCUCGGCGAUGCAGCAUAUUCGCGGCAAUCGAGGCGAAUCUUCCCAGAUUACCCUAGCGGGACUCCCAAUUCUGGGACCGUUCAACAGCCCACCAGGGUACAACAGUCUGACAAGCAGUGGAAGAGAACCAGGCUGGGUUUUCAGAAGAGAUGGCAGCACCCAGACCCAUGUCCUACAGACUGCUCUACUAGAGAUGGAAAUGGAGGCUACGACCAGAGCUAUGCAACACAGUCUCGACCUAGGGGAGAAGGAAGCCAACAAAGAAAAGAUGGCGGGCCUCUUUGAAAUGGGCCAAUCUCUGUCACUCGCCAGCCCAACCUUUAGUCUUACUGAAGUAACCCGAGGCCCAGACAUGUCGGCCCAACCCAACCAAGGCAACACCAAUCAAGGGAACAACUACCAAGCCCAACCUCUUGAUCUGAUCAUAGGGCCCAUCGGAGCCUCAACCGAUGUGGACCAGCCCAGACCAGAGAAGAAAAGGAAGCCUGAUCACAGAAGCAGUCCUGCGGCCUCUUCACCACAACAGGAGGCUCCAUCUAACAUCUCUUUCAGUUCUAUGUCUUUUGUUCCAGGGGAGAGUAAGCGAACCUACCAGCGAAGGAAGCACAUUGUCAAGAGGAAGAGCUUAGCGGAGCUCACUGCGGAAGGAUGUCAAUCCGGAGAAGGGGAGUCAGCUACUCCGAGGGCGACGGCGGCAAGCCUCAAGCCGCCUCAUCUCGAAUGAGAAUCCUCAGCUGGAACUGUAGGGGGUUCGGCCAACCCCUUACAAGGAGUUAUUGCGGCAGGCUGUGCCGGCAAUUUGGCCCCUCGGUUCUCUUUCUCAUGGAAACAAGAAAGGAUGAAUCGUUUAUGGAAGCAAGGAGGAAAGUUAUGAAGUUUGAGCACUCGGAGUAUGUCGGUCCAGAGAGGGAAGGCAGUGGCCUAGCCCUAUGGUGGAAGGAAGAUGUUACUGUUAAUGUUUUAGAGUCUUGUAAGUCCUUGAUGGACACCAGUAUUAGCAAGGAGGGGGUUAGUUUUUUCUGCACUUUUGUUCACGCUCCUACCACGAUGGUAGAGAGAAGACUCCUUUGGGAUCGACUUACGUCCCUAAGGGAGAACCAGGAAGAUAGGUGGCUGAUUGUAGGGGACCUCAACGUUGCUGUUUUCCCUUUUGAGAAGCAAGGGAGGUGCCCCCUUAGGAAUGAGAAUGUCUCUCCUUUUAAAUACUUUAUUACUCGGAAUGCCUUGGUUGACCUUGGUUUCUCUGGCCAAGUGUUUACUUGGAGCAACAAGAAACAAGGGGAUGAUCUGAUUAGAGAAAGGCUUGAUCGAGCUAUAUGUUCGACCUCAUGGAGGACUUUGUUUGAGUCGGCCACGGUUUACCAUGAAGACUUCGUGGAAUCGGACCACUGCCCAAUCCAGAUUGACCUUCAUCCAACAAAUCAAGCACAUUGCA